AUGAAAGAUCGUUUGCAACAACUCAAAGAGACAUGUGACAGAGAUGACACAGAGGAGGUUCAGGUUGCAGUGGACAAUGCGGCCUUUAUGGACGAGUUCUUCUCCCAGAUUGAGGAGAUCCGAAUAAGCAUCGACAAGAUAGACGAGAAUGUGGUCGAAGUCAAGAAGCUCUACUCCGUCAUUCUGUCUGCUCCCACGCCAGACCAGAAAAUACAAGAUGACUUGGAAGCUGUUACCAACGAAAUCAAAAAACUGGCCAACAACGCUCGCAACAAGCUAAAGAGUAUCGAGCGGAAUCUGGAGACAAACGAAGAGAGAGUGUCAGCCGACAUGCGGAUCCGGAAAUCGCAGCAUGCCGUGCUGGCCAGGAAGUUCGUGGAAGUGAUGACCAAGUAUAACGAGGCACAGGUGGACUUCAGGGAGAGGAGCAAAGGGCGAAUCCAGAGACAACUGGAAAUUACCGGUAAAGUCACGACCGAUGAAGAACUGGAGGAAAUGUUGGAGGGGGGGAACGCAGCGGUGUUCACUGCAGGGAUUGUAGACUCGGGCAUCUCAAAGCAGGCGCUCAGUGAGAUUGAAGCUCGACACAAGGACAUCGUACGCCUGGAGAGCAGCAUCAAGGAGCUGCACGACAUGUUUGUGGACAUCGCCAUGCUGGUGGAGAACCAGGGUGGCAUGAUUGACAGGAUCGAGAGUAACAUGGACCAGUCCGUGGGCUUCGUAGAGCGGGCGGUGGCUGACACCAAGAAAGCGGUCAAGUUUCAGGCCGAGGCUCGCAGGAAGAAAAUGAUGAUCAUGUUGUGCUGUGUCAUUCUCGCCAUUGUCCUGGGAUCGGUUAUCUACAGCUUCUUGACAUAAAAUCUGCAGGUGUACAGACCCCCACCCUCCCUGGACCGACAGCAUAAUUGAUUUGAAAAAUGAGUUAGAUCUUGUUAGCA